GUUGCCGAACCAGUGAACCACUCAAAGAGAAUGAUCCUUGUACUUGAGGGCAUUUAUACCCGAGGAGCAAGGGUUAAGCGUGGGGGCGGCCCGUCCCUUGUCUUGUCACAAUUGACUCGUUAGUCACCUGCUUUCGAGGUCAGGCCAUCAUACGUAUUUCCAAGAGCCCUCAGGACCUAAUACGUUUCAUAUUGCAUUCCUUGACAAUCGAUCUCCGUCGAACAAAGUCUCGGCUCCAGUUUGAGACCACGGCGCCAUGAGCAGCCCCAAGUCUAAACAGGCCUCUCCGGCCUCCAGUCCCAAGUCGAAUACUGGCGUGACAUCACUUCCUAUUACGGCAGAUCCCCAAUUUGAGAACGGAGGCGAGCACGAUGAUACAUCCUCGGAAUUGAGCGAGGAAUUCGAGUCGACAGCUUCUUUGACCGACAGCAUCCGAGACUUCCGUCAUAUCCACGGCCGUACCUAUGGGAAUUCCAAGACUACGGAGUACUGGGCCCCCAACGACGAGCGGCAAAAUGAAGGCCUAGAUAUUACGCACCACUACAUACUUCUCUACUUCGAUAACAAACUUUUCCAAGCGCCUAUCAGCAAGAACCCACAGAGAGCGUUGGAUGUAGGAACUGGCACCGGCGUAUGGGCAAUAGACUUUGCCGAUGAGUUCCCCUCUGCCAAAGUCAUCGGCACCGACAUCUCCCCUAUCCAGCCAGCGUGGGUGCCGCCCAACUGCGAGUUCUGCAUAGACGACGCUCAGCUCGAGUGGACCUGGCCGCCCGACCACUUCGACUACAUCCACAUUCGUGACCUCUACGGUAGCAUCGACGACUGGUCUGCCCUCUACAAGAAGGCCUAUCGCCACCUCAAGCCCGGCGGCUGGUUCGAGGACCUCGAGCUCGACAUCCGCGCUCACUCCGACGUCGUCACCGACCCCGAGCACAUCUACAACCGCUGGAAUCGCGUCUUCCAAGAGGCCGGCGAGAAGAUGGGCAAGACGUUUAAGAUCGCCAUUGGCUCGCGCAUGCGGGAUCUCAUGGAAGAAACGGGCUUUGUCGACGUCACUGAACAAAAGUUUCGACUCCCCAUGAGCGCCUGGUGCCUCGAACCCAAGUUGAAGGAGAUCGGGCAAUUUGUGCAGAUGUUCGUGGACGGCGGACUAGAGGGGUUCGGGCUGUACCUCUUGACACAAGUUAUGAACUGGAAAUACGAGGAGUGCCAGGUCUUCAUUGCGGAGAUGAGGCAGGCUCUGAGGAAUAAGAAGCUGAAUCCUUACUACGAGGUGACUUUGGUGUAUGGGCGGAAACCCGAGGACCCAACUGGUGCUUAAACUUCUGCUCAGGUUUAUGUCGGCCUUUGGUUUGCAUAGGCGGUUCCUAAAUCCAACAAAGCAACACCAAGCCAUCGGGAACUAGGUAUCAAUUGCCCGGAAGAAAAAGUGGCAAGUCUGGAGACGGUGGCCAUGGGGCAGAACGGAUAAAUAUUCUAGGCGUUCCUUGACCGAAUAAAUUAAAGACUGCGUCCUCCCCUGUCCUUCUUUCUUUUUUCUUUUUUCUCUAUUUGCUCAUUUCUGGUCGGUCCUUUUCAUUCCGAAGAAAAACGGCAAAGUUCAAACACUAACACCCUCUUCGACUGCCGCCAUGUCCGCGUCGGGUCAGUGGUACGACCGUUACCGCAAAUGUGAUGAUGGAUAUUCGCAUGAAGGAGAGCUUGAAUUGAUCACCUGGACAU